UACCUAAACUGUGCUUGCACACAACUUUCUACACCAAGUCCUAAAAUCGAAAUAUUUUCCCGAUUCCUCACUUUGGCGCCCAAAUUCAAAUGCUCCCAAAUCAGCCUUUUGGGCCUCUAUCCUGGAAGUCUUGCCCAUUCUCAAAGCCCACACUUUCUACCAGCUCACUUUGGGCCAGAUUUCCAUUUGGAGCACACCUUGGUGUGAAGGAUGGGAUCAGAUAUACGAUUCUUUGAUCAUACAACCAGAAAACUAUUCCUACCCAAGUCAGGUUAAAGAUCUGUGGAUUCCAGGGCAGAAAAUGUGGAAUGAACAGCUAAUUAACAUUUUAUUUCAGGAACAGAUGGCGCAAAGAAUCAAGAACACUCCAAUUAUAAAUGCGGAAGAGGAAGAUUGCCUUUGCUGGAAACUAACACCAACAGGUAAAUGCAAUUCCAAGAGUGCUUACAGAGUAUGUCUCGAGAAUUUGUUCGAAAGCGGGGAGCCAAGACCAAGACAGGUUGGAGUACAGGAGCCGCAAACAAGAACAGGUGCACAACAGGAAUUGACAAAUCCAGGAAGCACUAUUAGUUCAGAUUUGAGAAUUCAAGGAAGCAAAAUAUUCUCGGACGCGACCUGGAGGAAAAUAAGUACACCUGGUGCUCAAGAAAAUCCGAAGACAGGCUUAGGAGUGUACUGUCAAUUUACAAGAGAAUGCAGGGAAGAAACUGUGAUGAUUCAGGCCUCGACAAUCCAGCCAUCGUCUCCAAUUCUUGCAGAAGCUGCUGCCUUACUCCUCGCCUCAAACAUUGCAGCAAAGAUACAAGAGCAGGGAGUCACAUUCCUUACUGAUAAUCUUACUCUGGCAAGAGCAGCGGCUGCCCAUUCGAUCGCGGACAAGCAAGUACCCUGGGAGCUUCGACAACAAAUCGCGGACUACAAAAAGGCAUCGGAGCACCUUAUUCCGAAGAUUUAUCAUAUAAAGAGAAAUCUGAAUACUGUUGCCCAUGAUUGUGCUAAACAGGCUCUUCGACGAUCUGAGUCGAUGCCUAGCUUUUCUUGCUUAAAUUCAGCUCACAAAAAUAUAGGUACCUGCCCAUAUGCUAACUCUCUGCAAAAUCUGGAACUUCAGGGCUUUAUACUUCAUGAUGUAAUUUGCUUAUGAGCUGAAUGAAAUCUUAGCGCCUCUGGCGCCUGCUUUGUUCAAAAAAAAAAA